AUGUAUUGCGCUUACCCUGUCUCCGGGACAGGCAACAACUCACUGAUGUACUGCUACAACAUGAAACCGAUUUAUGGACAGUCUCCAAAUAAUGAUGACAUCAACCAAAACUUGCCCUUACAUCCGUCCACGAAGGUCCCCAGCAAUAUUUUCGCCGGCACAUUCUUUGAGGGGACAGACAUUUCACCCGACAUCUGGAAUGCCACGAAUGAACUGAAUCAGCAAGGCCAUGAAGGUGGUCUGGGAGGGACGCCGUCCCAGCCAGGGAGCUACAGCAGUCUGCCGUCACACAAUCACCUGGUUUACUCUCCGCAUUCAGUGAGGGCUCCUGAUAUCCAUCGGGGUCUUCCGCCUAUGUCCACUUUCCACCGCAACCACACGUCUUCACGCACAGAGAAUACUACAGUCUCAGGGAACCAAGGCAAUCUAUCAGGAGGGUCACAGACAGGCGAUGCCUUGGGAAAAGCUCUGGCCUCAAUUUAUUCCCCUGAUCACACCAGCAGCAGCUUCCCUUCCAGCUCAUCGACACCGGCGGGGUCCCCAUCUCCGCACCCAUGCUCUGCUGAACCCACAGGCACCAGCAUGUGGUCUCGGACUUCACUUCAAGCUGCGGUCUCACCCAAUUACGAGUCUUCUCUUAUAUCCAUGUCUCAGGUGGAGGACCGGCUGGACAGACUGGAUGAUGUGAUCCACGUUCUGAGAAACCACGCCGUGGGUCCCACCAUGGGGCUUUCCAAUGACAUCCACAGCCUCCUGAACCAGACCCAUCACGGCCACAGCUCUGCCGGUGCUCUACCAGCCACCUGUCACAUGCCAGCUAUGGUUGAACACGUCUCUAUGAACAACAAUCACUCCACGUUUCAGAGCCGCACACAAACUGGCCAACCAUACCCACCCAGACAGCGGGCCACACUUCACACCAUGCACGAAGGAGCCACAGGUAAUCUCGGAGUUUUGUCUAGCCUCGACCUUAAACUGGAAGGAGGUGAGAGGGAGGAGAUGGCGCACACCAACCACAGCCACAGCUCUGACAGCCUGAGAUCAGAUGAGGAGGGUGAACUCAAACACCAAGGAGACAGCAGCACGAGGACGAGUAUCCAUGAAGACGAGGACUUGAGUCCCGAGCAAAAGGCGGAGCGCGAGCGUGAGAGGAGGAUGGCCAACAACGCCCGCGAACGUCUGCGUGUGCGGGACAUCAACGAAGCCUUUAAGGAGCUGGGCCACAUGUGCCAACUGCAUUUGAAGAGCGAGAAGCCGCAGACCAAGCUGCUGGUACUGCACCAGGCCGUGGCUGUCAUUCUUAGUCUAGAACAACAGGUCAGAGAGAGAAACCUGAACCCCAAGGCAGCUUGUUUGCGGAGGAGAGAGGAAGAGAAGGUGUCUGCGGCCAUGACAGAUCCCCAGUCCUUGCAUCUAGCCUUCAACACCGGCCUGUCGGACACAGCCAACCCUCUGGGUCACCUCUGA